CUCCAAUCCAUAAGCAUCGACAACCAGAAUCAAUUCUUCGCUUUCCUUCUUUCUCAUUCUUAUUUCCUAACUAAGAUGCCUGUUGACACGUCAUCAUUUUCCGGCCAAACCGUUUGCGUCACCGGCGCCGGCGGUUUCAUAGCCUCUUGGCUCGUCAAGCUUCUACUGGAGAAAGGCUACACUGUCAGAGGAACCGUGCGAAACCCAGAUGAUCCGAAGAAUGUUCAUUUGAAAGAGUUGGAAGGAGCGAAGGAGAGACUCACUCUGCACAAAGUCGAUCUCUUCGAUAUUCACUCCAUCAACGCUGCUCUUCACGGUUGCCACGGCGUUUUCCACACCGCGUCUCCGGUCACCGACAACCCUGAAGAGAUGGUGGAGCCAGCAGUGAACGGAACCAAGAAUGUGAUCAUAGCAGCAGCAGAAGCCAAAGUGCGACGCGUGGUGUUUACUUCGUCAAUUGGCACCGUCUAUAUGGACCCAAACACGAGUAGGGAUGUGUUGGUUGACGAAUCAUUCUGGAGUGACUUGGAUUAUUGCAAGAACACAAAGAAUUGGUAUUGCUAUGGGAAGACCGUGGCUGAACAAGCAGCAUGGGAUGUAGCAAAAGAGAGAGGGGUGGACUUGGUUGUGAUGAACCCAGUUUUGGUUAUUGGACCAUUAUUGCAACCUACCAUUAAUGCCAGUACAAUUCAUAUCCUCAAAUAUCUUACUGGCUCUGCUAAGACUUAUGUGAAUGCCACUCAGGCUUAUGUACAUGUCAGGGAUGUGGCAUUAGCACACGUUCUUGUUUAUGAGACACCUUCUGCUUCUGGUCGAUACAUAUGUGCGGAAAGUUCCCUGCAUCGUGGUGAGCUAGUUGAAAUUCUGGCCAAGUUUUUCCCCGAGUACCCAAUUCCUACCAAAUGUUCAGAUGAAAAGAACCCGAGACUAAAGCCCUACAUAUUUUCAAAUCAAAAGCUGAAAGAUAUGGGAAUGGAAUUCACCCCAGUGAAGCAGUGUCUAUACGAAACCGUUAAAAAUCUGCAAGAGAAUGGCCACCUUCCUGUCCCCCCAAAGCAAGAAGACUCAUAUUGAUCCUCGUUAAAUACUACCUACUACCUAGCUAGGUUGCAAUAUAACAGAUUGAUUAACUAGUUUAAUUCUGAUUUCUGAUACAAAGAAGUAGUUGUUACAUGAUUUUAUAUCAAAAUUAUAUAAAAUCCUAAGUACUCGUACCUAUUUUGAAUUUGUAAGCCACACAUCAUGAAAAUUAUUGCCCUGUGUAAAACUGAUAAUAUUAAUGGAUUUUUCGGCCUUUUAUAUUUUUGUUUA